AUGACCGUCUCCACUAUCACUUUAGACAAGACGAUGGCUUAUCACAUGCACUACGUGUACAAAGUAGUCGGCCAAUCUCCCCUUCAGGCCGGGAAACGUUUCCUUGACAACUUCCAGAGGUGGUUACCUAUCAUAGCACCACGGCGGCUGCAGGAGCAUAUCGAGUUAAGCGGGCGAGGACUUCCAGGAGCUGACGUUUCAGUUCUGCUGCUCGCGAUAUGUCUUGUCACUCUACAGUCUGGUAGAGACUUGGGCGAUCCUUUGUUCCACCAUUCUGCGGUACAUGUGACAGUGAAAACACUGUACGCUCAAGUUCAGGCUAUGAUGCAUGCCAGCGUUGCUCUGAUUCAGGCCGGCGUUAUCUUAUCGGCUUAUGAGUAUGCUAGUGGCCAGAUUGACCCAGCUUACAUCUCUAUUGCUGCAUGCAUCAGAAUGGCACAGGUUGUUGGCAUUGAUGCUGCAUAUGAGAAGCUAGGCACUGUUCAGGAAGAGACGAGAUUGCAAGCCACGUCAGAAUGGAAUUUAUGGUGGUCCAUUAUCGUGCUGGAAAGGUAUAGUGUCUCCAUAUAG